AUCAAUAAAGUUGUUGUUCUGCCAACAUGGCGGCGCCCAUGCUGACGUGCCGCGCCGUGUACGCGUAGAGGUUCGGGAACGAGGCGUAGACGAGCUGCAGGCCAGAGCCUGUGAGCAGGGAAGAGUCCUCAUCCUCGACGAGGAGAAAGCAUGUGACCGGGCAGGGUGUGCUGGGCCGUGCUGACUGGAAGGACAAGCCACGCUCCGCCCGCCCUGCAAGCCCCACCUUGGGAAGCAUGGCUUCCUCCUGGCCCACGCUGGGGCUUUGUGCCUCGCUCCUGACAAGGCGGCUGAGUGGCAGCCCCAGUGUCAUCAGGUGGACCAGAAGUAUUUACAGUGCCACGGGCAAGUGGACAAAAGAGUACACGGCGCAGACGAGAAAGGCCGUGGAGAAGUGGUGGCAUCAGCGAAUAAAGGAGCAGGGCUCCACAAUUUCAGAAGCUGACAAAUCAAAGCCCAAGUUUUACGUGCUUUCCAUGUUCCCUUACCCUUCGGGCAGGCUGCACAUGGGCCACGUGCGUGUCUACACCAUCAGUGACACCAUCGCCCGGUUCCAGAAGAUGAGGGGGAUGCAGGUCAUCCACCCCAUGGGAUGGGAUGCCUUUGGGUUACCUGCCGAAAAUGCCGCCAUCGAGAGGAACUUACACCCACAGAGCUGGACGCAGAGUAACAUCGAGCACAUGCGGAGCCAGCUUGACCGCCUGGGCCUGUGCUUCAGCUGGGAUAGGGAAAUCACUACGUGUUUGCCGGAUUACUACAAAUGGACUCAGUACCUCUUUAUUAAACUGUAUGAAGCCGGACUGGCCUAUCAGAAGGAGGCCCUGGUUAACUGGGACCCAGUGGACCAGACGGUGCUCGCCAAUGAGCAGGUGGAUGAGCACGGCCAGUCCUGGCGCUCCGGCGCGAAGGUGGAGCAGAGAUUUCUCAAGCAGUGGUUUCUCAGGACGACCGCGUAUGCAAAGGCCAUGCAGGACGCGCUGGCCCAGCUUCCGGAGUGGUAUGGGAUCAAGGGCAUGCAGGCCCACUGGAUCGGGGACUGCGUGGGCUGCCACCUGGACUUCGCGCUAAAGAUGGACGGGCAAGACACCAGAGAAAAGCUGACCGCCUACACGGCCACCCCCGAGGCCAUCUACGGCGCGUCCCACGUGGCCAUUGCUCCCAGCCACAGCCUCCUGCAUGGGUGCAGCUCGCUGCGGGAAGCCCUGCGAGGGGCACAGGUGCCCGGCAAAGAUUGCCUCACUCCCGUGGUGGCUGUGGACGCCCUCACCCAGCGGGAGCUCCCUGUUGUUGUCCUGGCCGAAGCUGACCUCGGGGGCUCUCUGGAUUCCAGGAUAGGAAUUCCCAGCACCAGCUUGGAGGACACCCGCGUGGCCCAAGUCCUGGGCCUGCCCUACCCCAGCGUCAUCGAGACCCUGCCGGAUGGAACAGAGAGGCUGUGCAGCUCUGCCGAGGGCCCCGUGCCCGUGCCCCUGGAGGACCUGCCCGUGACCUUGCCCAGCCUCACGGCCUUCACCGGCAAGGGCGGCUCCCCGCUGGCCGCUGCCUCCGAGUGGGUGAACUGCGCAUGUCCGAGGUGCAAGGGAGCAGCCAGGAGAGAGACUGACACAAUGGACACCUUUGUUGACUCCGCAUGGUACUACUUCCGGUACACGGAUCCCCGGAACCCUCACAGGCCUUUCGACCCUGCGAUGGCAGACUUCUGGAUGCCCGUGGAUCUGUACAUCGGCGGGAAGGAACACGCUGUCAUGCACUUGUUCUAUGCGAGAUUCUUCAGUCAUUUUUGCCAUGACCAAAAAAUGGUCAAGCACAGGGAGCCCUUCCACAAGCUGCUGCCACAGGGCCUCAUCAAGGGACAGACGUUCCGCCUGCCGUCUGGACAGUACCUGCCCCGGGAGCAGGUGGACCUCACAGGUCCGGUUCCGGUCCACGUGGAGACGCGGGCUCCGCUGGCGGUCACGUGGGAGAAGAUGAGCAAGUCCAAGCACAACGGCGUGGACCCCGAGGAUGUGGUGGCACAGUACGGCGUGGACACCACGCGGCUCUUCCUGCUCUUUGCUGCGCCACCCGAGAAGGACCUCCUGUGGGACGUGAAGACCGAUGCCCUCCCAGGGGUGCUGAGGUGGCAGCAGCGCCUGUGGUCCCUGGUGACCCGGUUCAUCGAGGCCAGGGCCUCUGGGAUGGACGCCCAGCCCACGCUGCUGCAGGCCGAGGAGAAGGCGGAGGCCAGGAGGCUGUGGCAGUACAGGAACGCCGUGGUCGCCCAGGUGACCGCCCACUUCACGGAGGACUUCUCCCUGCACUCCGCGAUCGCGCAGCUCAUGGGUCUCAGCAAUGCCCUCGCGCAAGCCUCUCGGCGGCUCGUUCUGCACAGCUCUGAGUUCGAGGACGCGCUCUGUGCCCUGGUGGUGAUGGCUGCCCCGAUGGCCCCGCAUCUGACCUCGGAGCUCUGGGCAGGCCUGGCGCUGGUGCCCCGCAAACUCUGUGCCUGCUACGCCUGGGACAGCGGCGUGCUGCAGCAGGCCUGGCCCACCGUGGAUCCGCAGGUCCUCCAGCAGCCUGACGUGGUGCAGGUGGCCGUCCUGAUCAACAACAAGGCCUGUGGCACGGUCCCCGUGCCCCAGCAGGUGGUGAGAGACCAGGCCCGCGUCCACGAGCUGGUUCUGCAGAGCCAGCUGGGAGCCCGGCUGCUGCAGGGGCGGAGCAUCAAGAAGGCCAUCCUGUCCCCCAGGACCGCCCUCAUCAACUUCUUGGUCCAGGAGUGAGGCCACCUCCCGGCCAGGCUGCACGGUGUGACCAGGUGCGGGGAGAAGGGAGCGGACCGCGCAGUGUCCCUGGUCCAGUGGUGGCACCGCCUUUGCCAGUCUAAGGAAGCUCACAGACUGGCACAGGGUCCAGUGGCCACAGGAAGCAGCCUUCAGGGUGAUGUUCCUCGGCUCCACAGGACAGGCGCUGGUGCCCUGCACGGGACAGGGCCAGCUGCCACCCCCAGUCUCAGCCUGGGGGGACGGGCCCAGGUGCGGCCCCAGAGCCAGUGGUCACAGCUGCUGGCUGUCACCUCCUGCGUCCACGCCCCUGCAGUCUGGCCGCUGGGGGACGAGGCACAGGCCCAGAUCAACAUGUCCGGCCAGUUCUGACUUACAUGGCAGCAAGGCACUCUCCGGGACGCGCUGAGAUCUGCUUUGUUCCCUGGUGUGUUACUCAGGGGUGGCCCCUGAAACUCAGCAGCAGACUGAGUACCUUUUUGUCUAAUAAAAUGUCCUGGGUAGCCGUGACCUUGGGUUACCACCCUCUCCCCAUUCUACAGGGACACACUGAGGUCCUCACCACCAUGAGAAGCACAGGCCAUGGCCCGAUACUCGGAACAUUACGGGGAGAUGUGGGGUCCUUCUGCCCCCACGGCAGCCCUCAGCCUGGGCGCACAGCCCAGCAGAGUCCCCGGCUCUCCACUGGCCGUCCCUGCAGCCCUGCAGCUGCAGUCUGAUUGCCUGGGCACCAGAGACUCUGAAACCCUGCAGGUGGGGCUGGGGCGGAGUUCGGGCAGACGCUGCUCCCACAGGCCCUGAGUCUGCUCACUCACUCCACGCGACCCUCCGUGUGGGUCCAGCAGGCAGCGAAAGCCACUGGAUCCACGGGUGCCAGGGCCAAGGCAUGACUGAGUGGUGUUGGGAGAGGGACGGGAAGGGAAGCUGGGCCGGGGCUGGGAUCCGAGAGCUGACCAGAGUGGACACAGUGCUCGGGUGUGGGAGUCAGCGUGGAUUAGGGGGGCCGAGCAGGUGUCUGUCACGGGGAGGGGAGUGGCCGUCUUCGCUCCAUUCUCCUUCCUAGGGAGACUGCUUCGGGGUGGCUCCAGGUGUCCCCUCCUAACGCCUGUGCAGCUGGUGUGUCACUGUCGAAAUCCACCAUGCUCGCUCUGAACCCAGGAGAGGACAGCAGGGCCGGGUGGGAGCCCAAAGCCUGGGGCUGUUCCCACCCGGGCCUGGGGAGGUGCGAGGUCCUUUUCUGGGACUUGAAUGGAGAACUCCUGUCCGUGAGGGGAGGGUGUCCGGGCCGAGGCUGCCGCAGCAGGAGUCCCAGAAGGGACGGACCGAGUGUGCCUGAGACCGUGUGGUCCGCUCCAGCCCCCGACUGCCCACCGGGACAGGCAGGACUUGAAUUUGGGUCCUGCAACCUCAGCCUCCCAAAGCGCACCCCUGUGCCCUGCUGAAAAGUGGUUUUUCAAAAACAUAACAUGAAAAGAGAGGAGAUUUAGCUCAGUGAUUCCACUGCCUGCCUCGAAAGUGCAAGGACCUGAGUUCCAUCCCGGUACCCCCAAAAAACAACUUGAAAACAAUUACAGAAAUUUUCUCAUGAAUAAAGCAACAUACACUGGAUCCCAAUCAUGAUUUUUUAAAAAUUCCACCCCUUUACAAAGCAAAACCAGAAGAGGAAAUUCGCCCAUGGCUCACUGGGCGUGCGUCCCUGGAGUCAUCCUUCUUCUCCUUCUCUGCAUUUUCUAACCUUUCCUGGCCGAUUGUAGGUCGGGAUUGGAAAACAUCGGUCCGUUUUGUGAGCACCUGCCUUCCGCCGCCUUUUCUUCUCCCAGCUGGGGUGUCUGGCCCGGGCCCCUUUCCUGUGUGGAUCCAGAGCAGCACUUGAGGCUGGCUCUGCACAGCUCUGCAGCCCGGGCCUGUGGUCUCUCGGGUCGGGGACAGGAGCAAAGUCCCCAAGGAGUCCCUGGUGCCCCAUGACGGUGGUGAGGGCCUGGAGCGGACCAGACUGGGACUGAGUGCGGGAGCCACCCUGUGUAGGAGUCCCCGGGGUGUCGCCACGGAGCCCGCAGGAGCUCAGCGUCGGCUCCACUUCGGAGCCUGGGGUUUGACGGAAAUCCCUGCGGGAGGCCUCGUCCAAGCUGCGGCUGGAGGGCGGAAUCCGGGGCGCCCGGCAAAGACUGCACCUGGCGGCCCACUGCGGGUGCCUGCUCGGGGACACCGUGGUGGCCAGGCGAGCGAGCGAUGGAAACGACAUCGGUGCCGAGUGCUCUGGUAACGGGCGGGACCCGGCCAGGCCUCUCCCCGCCUAACCAGGUGAUCGCGGGCAGACCUGGUGCCCGACCAGAACCCUCAAGCUCUGCCACUCCUACCUGGAGACCCCUCAGCGAAGCCGGGGGCCGCUGCACCUCCCCAAACUCCAAGAGCCUGCUGUGCGUGAGUGUGCACACUUUUUACUUUCCUGGGUGCGGUGCCGUUUUUCCACGGGUGCCACGUUUCUCCCGGCCUGGAGCCCUGAGCGCCCCCUGCUGUGAUCUUCCAUGAAUGUCGCUGCUUGUCUUGUACAUUGGGUGCACACGGGCCGUUCUUUGCUCGCUGUGCACAGUACCCUGUCUGUCUGUCUGUCAGACUGUCCAGCUCUCAGCAGUCAACCCGGCCUGCAGAACCUCUCCCGCCGCUCCUCUUUACAAGCAAUCAAGGGCACAUGUUGGGGUGCAUGGGACACAUUCCUGGCGGUAGGAGAUGACCAGAUGGUGCAGCAGAAGGCUUUGGCCUCCCUUUUGCUGUAGGUCCUACUAGCAAGUGAGUUCCCCUUGAACAGCCGUGGCUUUUCCACGAGUAGUGGUGAAACUUCACCAAGCCCCUGUUUCCUGUUCUUAGGCUGCCACCUACUGGCGUAUAGUGGGAUAUCGUCUGUUAAAGUACCUGUUUCUCAACCACAGGCUCUAAGAAAAAAAAUUGUCAGGAUUUGGGGGCUCUAUCGAGUAGAGUAUAAAUGGGUACACCUAGCUUGUCUAACAUCCUUCUUUGCCCCUGCAGGAAGUGUGAAAAUCUGAUCUGCUUCUUUUCAUAUUUGAGUUCUACAUCCCCAACCUAACAGGGAAGUUAGUCUCCCGCCAUUAAACAGGAAGCUCCAUAGCUCUGCACAUACAGGUACCAAGUCUUUCCUCACUGUCUUCAGAGAGGUUUUCCACAGCCCAACCAAUGAGCCACAUCUCAGGUGGAGGGCCCUUCAUCCCUUGUAGGUAGAGCCUACAGCCUCUGCCGCAGGAGGUAGCUGUAUGAAGACAGCGACCCAUAAAGAACCGUGUGUGUGUCUCUCGGGGGAAAUGAGGCAGGCAUUAGGGCCUGGGGAGCCAGCUGGGCAGCCGGGCGUGCCCUGUAGUCAUGGCGCCCUGCCUGUCCUGGCUGCAGUGCAGGGCCCCGGGCAGGGUGGCCAGGAGCUGACACCGAAGGACACAGCAGCCACUGGCCACACAGCCACUGUCCUGCUGCCCAUGCCGUGGCCGCCCUGAUGCAGGACUAAUGGAGACCCCUGCAGUGGGCUCCAGGCCCCACCUGCCCAGUAUAGGGUGGAGGCCUGGGGAAUAAGCACACUUAAGAGACAGAACUAGGAGAGAGAAGGUGGGAGCCAGACGACCAAGGCCGGUGCAGCCAACGGGCUGGCCAGUCCCAGGCGCUGCCUUUUCCUGGGAAUCAAUUGGGGUAAAGGCAGCUAUGUGCAGUUUCUAUGGAAAUGAAUGUAAACAAGGCCCAUAAAGGACCAGACAAAGCAUUCCCAAAUUAGGAACAGAGCAGACAGAAUACAUGGCUGUAGUUAGAACACUGUCCCUCUAACCUGAAGGUUUUAGUUGUGGGGAUAAUUUGGGUGUGAGGUACUCUGACCCUGGCACGUAGGCUUCAGCCAGGCCACUUCUAUAAACAGCCAGUUGUGGGGUUCACGCUUCACAACCUGCCUUGGGCGUCAUCGAUAUUACGGUCCCCUGGGCCAGGGAUUUAGCUCAGUGGUGCUGUUGCCUGCCUCCUAAGCACAAGGUCUUGAGUUCAAUCGCCGGUACCAAAAACAAAAAAAUAGUAUGUUCCCCUGCACAGGACAUGUUUUUUCUCUCUGUCUCUCUUUUUUUUUUUUUUUUGUAUCAGGG